GCUGCAGCCUUGGUGGCGCGCGAAGCUGCCGAGGGAAAGCAUCAACUGCUGGGUGCGUCACACCCAGAAGCUCUAGAGGCUCGCCGUGAUUUGGGCGCUACCCUCUUUGUGGCCAGCCGCCCAGAGGAGGGCGUGGCGGCCUUUCGGCAAGCGCUGGCUGGCCUCCAGCAAACCCUAGGUUUCCAGCAUCCUACCACCAUUGCCGUUUUGGCACAGCUCAGGGCCGCUCUGUCCCACGACGAGGAGGCUGCCAUGGCACUGGUCCACGAGCACAGCUCCGGCAACGUCACAGCGGCGCCAGAUUGGGAG